CACUCCCUCUCCCGUCGUCCACCUCCGACACACACUCCCGGGACUUCUUGCUGGUGGGGGACUCGUCGAUCACCUGGAAUAAGGGGGGCGGGGGGUCAAACGAGGGGGGCUCGAAAUUCACGGUCGAGUCUGCCUCCUGGCGAACAGUGAUGUGGUACUUGUCUUCAUCUUCUUCCAGACUGUCUCUGCUUCUCUUCCGACUGAGGGGUGGCGGUGAACGGGCCCUCCCUGUCUCCACGACUCUGCCAUGGCUGCCAGCGAUUUCUCCGUUCUUCUCCUCCUCUUCCUCUGCCCCUCCAUCUUCUCUCGUGUUGGACCAGGUCGACGUGGGUGCUGUCGGAGGUGAGUCCUUGUCCAUGGGGGGCGGGGCUGCAGGGGGGCUGUGGGGGUCCUCCUCUUUUGAAAUAUCUGUCGUUCCGUUCUCUUUGAUUGCAUUUUGAGUGAGCUUCUCUUGUGGUACUAGUCUUGGAUUCUUCAUCCAAUCCAGAUCCGGUUCUUGCGUGCCUACCACCAACAGAUUCUUUUCGACUGCUUUGAGGUAGCAGUCCAACUUCUUGUAGUGCUUCUUGGGCUGCAGAAUUAGCUCACACAGUCUCUGGACUGUGAACGGAGCUUACUUCUCGAAGUGGUCCAGGUGUUUCAACAGCUGCUGUCUCAUUUCCUUGUCCUCCUCCCCCAGCUCACCCUCAGACACAAAGGCAGAGUUGAUCUCCUGCUCUAGUCUAUGGUGAAGCACCGGACAAAAGAUGCUCCACUGCAUCCUGACAGUUCCAGUGAUGGCCGUCUCUCCGAGGAGACCCUCCAGCUCACUGGGGUACUCCUGACAACCUCUCCCUACAAAUGCUUCUGCAAGCUCUUUCAACCUGCCGUAGUCCAUCUUCGCGCCACGGAAAGGCUUUGUCGCAGCCUAUAUGGUAGAUUUUGUUAGUCAGAUGUGACUGCAAGUCUGUCCUCUUGGAGUAUGAGAGCAGGUAUAGGUAUACUACCGAUAGGGAGAGAGAGAGGACGGAGAGCUAACACGACGAUCGAUCGGACGGAAUUACGUAAUGGAGUAAUCACGUGUGCUUAGCGCGCUGCUGCUCAGGACUGCGCUUAUGGAAUUGGAGCCACGCCUUCUGUUGUCUACUCUGCGCGUGCGCUAUAGCUCCGUUCGGCGACACGAUGGGGCAAGCACAGGGGAGAGAAUUACCGUUCGAUAUCGGCGAUACCCACUCGUGUCUGACAGGGAAGACGGUCUGGACCGCUCACGACGGCAAGAGAAAGUCUGAUGGAGAGCCAGUGACAGUGUUCCUCUACGACUUCACUAGGAAGACAGAGGAGGAGAUCAAGCUGGUGAGAUCGGCUCACCUGCGGCUGAAGACCCUCCGACAUCCCAACAUCCUCCGAUACAUUGAUGGAGUGGAGCUACCAGACAGAGUGUAUCUGGUGACAGAGAAGGUGACUCCACUGGAGGAACACCGCAGUACUCCCGAUGGUCAGUCUCAGUUCUCCACUGCCUGGGGCCUACAUCAGAUACUGAAAGGACUGGCGUUUCUGUCCAACGACUGUUCCCUGGUCCACCACAAUGUCAACAUCUCCUCCGUCUUUGUCGACGUGGCAGGGGAGUGGAAACUGGGCGGAGUCGAGUUCAUGACGUCGUUCUCCGACUCCUCCUCUUUCGGCACGGCCGGGAAGAUCCUCCAUGCUCUCCGCAAGUACGACCCUCCGGAGACUGGGAAACCUGCAGCCUCCAGGAACGUGGAGAAAUGGUCGUCAGACACGUGGGGUCUAGGUUGUCUGCUGUGGGAGCUGUUCAACGGCUCACUAACACAAGUCUCCGCUCUCAGAAAUACCUCCAAGUUGCCCAAGUCCCUGCUGCCUCACUACAUGGAGUGUGUGAGUGCCAACCCCAAGUCCCGCCCAAACCCCGCCUCCCUUCUCUCUCGUCUCCGAGAGCACGGGGGAUUCCUGGCCACGCCCCUCAUCUCCAUCGCACUCAGAAUUGAAGAGCUCCAGAUAAUGGAGCCGUCUCAGAGAAACGAGUUCUUCACUGAGUUGAACACGACUCUAGAUUCGUUCCCCGAGGCCUUCUCUCGCUGCAAGAUACUCCCGCAGCUCAUCAACGCGUUCGAGUUUGGAGGGGCGGGGUCGGCAGUCCUGGCCCCUCUCUUCAGACUGGGGAGACUGCUGGACGAGGAGGAGUACCAGCGGCGAAUAGUUCCCUGUGUCGUCAAACUGUUCUCUUCCACUGACAGAGCCACUCGACUCAACCUACUCAAACAGUUGGAGAAUUUCAUUGACAAUCUCCAGUCGUCCACAGUGUCCAAUCAGAUUUUCCCCAACAUUGCAUCAGGCUUCACUGACACCGUCCCCGCUCUCAGAGAACAGACUGUGAAAUCAAUGGUACUAGUGGCUCCCAAAUUGAAUGAUUCAGUAAAGAACGGUGAGCUACUGAAGUAUCUAGCCAAGUGUCAGAUGGACGAACAGCCUGGAAUCAGGACCAACACCACCAUCUGUCUCGGCAGAAUAGCCUGCCACCUCAACCCCUCUACGAGACAGAAAGUGCUGGUGUCGGCAUUCCUCCGCCCCCUUAAGGACCCGUUCCCUCCGGCACGGUGUGCUGCAAUUGGAGCAAUAGCCUCCACCCACAGCUACUGCACCACGUCCGACAUUGCCUCUCGUCUCCUCCCUGUCCUGUGUGGACUCACGGUUGACAAGGAGAAGACAGUCAGAGAUGAGGUGUUCAAGGCCAUCAAAACUCUUCUGGGUAAGCUGGAAAAAUUUUCAGAGGACCCAGAAGCAGCUGCCAAGCAGGAGAAGCAAGAAGCUGCUGCCACCUCAUGGACUGGUUGGGCAGUGAGCUCCCUCACCUCCAAAUUCUACAAGUCGGGGGGAAGAACAAGAGGAAGAGGGAGAGGAGAGACGAAUGCUGGUGUAACCUCUCAGGCAGAGUCUGGUACAGCUGUGUCCUCUACUACUUCUGGAGGAGCUGUGGAGACUGCCGCACAAGAGAUCGGGAGUGGGGGGAAGAGAGAGGGAGGAGGAGAGAGUAAAAAUGAAGAGGAAGGCUGGGAUGAAGAUGAAUGGGAGGAUUUCAAUAUUUCUGGAGAGCAAACAUCAGCGACAUCAUCACAUGAACCGGGUAUAGGAAUGGGACUGGACACAGGUGGAACAGAGGAAUGGGAGGAUGAGGGAUGGGGUACGUUUGAGCCUCUGGAGGAAGUCAAGGACACGCCAAGCAGUGGAGCUGACUUCUUUGACACACUCGGGCAGUCGAAGAAAACGGAACAGGAAGAGGAUCUUUUUGAGAGGCUUGGAGUGGGCGCGGCAAGAGGGGGUGGGGUCAAAAAGACCAGCCCACCUCCCGUGUCGUCGAGUCUGUUUGGUGACUCGACUGGGGCAGGGAAAGGAGAGGAGGGAGACUGGGGAGUCUGGGGAAGUGACCUCUCAACUGAAAAGCCAGAGAGACAGCAACAGGCAAAGACAAAACAUGGAGGAGGCCUCAAACUUGGCCAAAAACAAGCCACCAGAGUCACUGCAGGAUCAUCAACCGCGACCACCGCACCACAAGAACACCCAUCUUCUUCAUUGUCAGCUGGAGCCACCAGCACUGGAUGGGACUUUGAUUCUGACUGGAGCUCUUUCGACAGCCCCUCCUCUCAGCUGCAGCAGCAGAGCUCGGAGCGAGCCAGUCGCCAGGAGGAGCUGCAGAGGAAGAGAGAGGAACGUCGCCUACGACAGCGAGAGGCGCGAGAGAAAAGAGCUGCUGGAGUGGGUCGAAGACCUGCCGGACUGGGAGCUGUCAAGAAAGAUUAG